AGUCACUCUGCAGGGUGUGUUGUGUACAGUAAGUGUCACCAUGGCAACACAGUGAGUAGCCUAGACCUUUAACCCUCGGGAUUGAGGUGGAGCCAUAAUGAUAUCCAGCAGCACUGCUGGGAGCUGGGCUUUAUGAUUUAUGAAACGUUGUCAGACGAGCGUUUGUGUAUCAGGGACUCUGUGGUUUUACUCGGGCUCAAAGGUAUUUCAGUUACUUUUAUGGCUUGUUGUGAACUACUUUCUUUUAGAAAGCUGUGGACUAACAAGCACCAGUCUUGCUUAUGUUUUAGGCAGACUGGCUGUAACCAUCCCAUAAGACCCAUCGCCAUGACAACCUCAGCACCAAUCAGAUUCCGUGUCUUCUCUCUCAACUGCUGGGGGAUCCGAUACCUCAGUAAGAACUGCAAAGAGCGGUUUGUUCUGAUCGGAGACCUGCUGAGUCUGGAACAGCUUGAUAUAGUGUUACUACAGGAGGUCUGGUGUGAGAAAGACUUUCUGUUUUUAAAGAAGAAGCUUAGCAGUGUCUCUCCGUACUCCCAUUAUUUUAAAAGUGGAUUUAUAGGGAGCGGACUGGCCGUGUUUUCCAGACAUCGAAUCCAUGAUGCCUUUCUGUACAGAUACUCAUUAAAUGGAUAUCCAUAUAUGGCUCAACAUGGCGACUGGUUUGGUGGUAAAGCCGUCGGGAAGGUCUUGCUCAACAUCAGUGGGCUGAAGGUUCAUAUAUUUAUCACUCAUCUGCAUGCAGAAUAUUGCAGAGAGAAAGACUCGUAUCUCCCGCACCGAAUGGUUCAAGCCUGGGAGCUGCAACAGUUCAUAAGGCACACUAGUGCUGGAGCGGACGUGGUGAUUCUGGGUGGAGAUCUGAACAUGCACCCGGACGAUCUCGGCACCAGACUGCUGAGAAACUACACAGGACUUCAGGACAGCUUCAGUGAGACGGCGAACUUUGAUGGAUGUGAGGAGGGACACACUCAUAUAUCUGAAAACCCAUUCACAAACACAGAUGGGCUUGUUCCAUUUGGAGGAGGAGUCCGGAUAGACUACAUCCUGUUCAAGGGAUCAGGGGAAGUGGAUGUGAGCUGUGAGUCUUUGUCCACCACUAAGGGCCCUGUUCCUGGACAUCCCUUCCCUUACUCUGACCAUGAGGCUCUCACGGCCGAGUUCCUGUUUACACCGACUACAAAGGGAAAUGGGUGCUCAGAGAGGCAAUCUGGCUGUGUUUCAGAUAAGCUUCCUGAGCUGGUCAACGCAGUCAAUGAAGCUCGCACUGAAGUAAAGGUGGGUCUCCACUGCACUGAGCGCAUGCGCCACACAGCAGCGCGUACAGGCAUUAUGGGUCUUGUCCUGUUAGUGCUUGAGCUAGCAAUCGCCGCUGUCCCAUUGUUUGCUCUGGGAACUGAACAGCCCUUUCCCAAAGCCUCUUUCUACCUGCUGGGGGCACUGUGCUUUGCCGUCCUCCUCUCCACACUGAUGCUGUACGUCUUCUACAGCAUGGAGGUGAAGGCACUGCAAGGCACUGAGGACCAGAUGAGACUGGCAAUAAGUAGCUUUCAAGAACAGCUUAAGGAGUCCCCCAAGGUUUUAUCCUCGGACCAUUUGUGAAAGCCACUACUAGACAGUAAGGAUUCCAUUCAUUUGUAGCCAGAUAGUUAAACCAAAUGUGACAUUUGAGUGGAAUUAGAACUUUUUAUAGAAUUAUGAAAAUCACUAUUUUAUAAUGUCUUAACUGAACACUUACCUGGUUUUAUUAACUAUGCAGCUUUUUCACAUCGAUAUUGGGGAUACUUAUACCUGGGAGCAAAGAAACCAGAAAAUUAGACAAUAAGUUAUUAAAAUAAUUACUUGCAUGACAGAUCUA